UGAAACUUAACUGAUGGUCGUGCAGGUUAUCGCAUGUUAAAUCUCUCUGCGUGAAGCCUCAGUCUCCUUUGUGUUUGUGUGGUGUCACUCCUCACGUGUGUGAUGUGUAGUUUCCCUCAUCGCGCGCGUGUGUGUGUGUGCGUUUGUUUUCUCUGCCGCUGGUUUUCAAAGUGAAAGUUUACAGCCGGAACUCGUCAGAUCAUCGAAUCCGCUACUCGGCUGAAGCCGAACAUCUGGAAGAAGAAGGUCCAACAAUGUGAAAAUGCCCACGCUCUCAUUUGAAGGACCCCAGUAUGAAUUCUGAGCUCGUAGAGGUUUUCAGAGAGAAACUGGACACCCUCAAAGUCUCAGGUAAAGGACAUUACAUGACACCACGUGUGUAUCAGAGUUUAAUGAUGACUGUUGUGUCUUUAGAUCACCACGGCCUCCGUAGUCCAGGUCUGACCUGUUAUCUGAACACUGUGCUCCAGCUGCUUUUCAUGACGGAAGACUUCCGGGCCUCGAUCCAACGGUGCUGCACCAAAGACUCAACAACCAUUGAUGCACUGCUGAAGAAACUGUUUGAUGACCUGGAGAGAGGUUUGGCUCACACACAUCGUCUUGCAAGAAAGCUGGGGAUCAUAAACGUGUACGAACAACGUGACGCUGCUGAGUACUUUGAGAAGAUCCUGUGUCUGACCAGCCCGGAGGCGUCCAAGAUAUUCAAGGGCGAGCUGAAUCAUAAAACUACAUGUGGCGGGUGUAAGACAGAGAGCGACUCCAGGGGCUUCUUCUGGAUUCUGCCUCUCCCGAUGGAAGAUUCAAGCCGUCAUACCUACACUGUGGAGCGAGGGUUGAAGGCGUUCUUCAGGAAAGACAAAGUCUACGGGGAAAACAGGAUGUACUGCACUGAGUGCGAUCAGAAGCACGACGCAGACCUCGAAUGUGAGAUGACACAAAACCCCGAGAUUCUCACGCUGCUGCUGAAGAGAUUUACCUUCGACUACAAGUGCAGACACUACGUGAAGCUUCGCUGCCAAGUGGAGGUUCCUCAAACUUUGCACAUGAAGGACUCUAAAUAUGACCUUUACGCUUUAGUUCACCACUUUGGGAAUAUCAGCGGAGGUCAUUAUACUGCAGAGAUCAAGUCUUUUGAAACUGGGGCGUGGUAUCGCUUCAAUGACGACAUUGUUCGCAAGGUCGAACCUCUCUUUGGGUUUGGAAACGGCUCAUUGAGGUCAGAUACAGCGUAUCUUCUCCUGUACAGGAAAGAUGUCGAGGCUGAAAGACGACAGGACGAGGCAGAGCGAGGAGAGGCUCCCGGUCCUCAUCAUAUACUGAGGGAUGAAAGUGGCUGCGGGGGGGCAAACAUGAAUCACUUGAAGAGGAGCUGCAGUGGCGACGACUCUCCUCAGGAACUGGAACAGCAGCCAAACCAGGGUGAGGCGAGUUGGAGACGACACAAAGACACUGAAGUAGACGGAGACAUGCUGCUGACAGUAAAGACACGUUUUUCAAAGUCCCAAAAAGGUGGAGGUUUUGAAACAAACAAACGGCAUUUAAAAACCACCUCGGAGCACAUCAGAACACACUCUGUCGACAGCACGUCUGAACAAACCCACAGUUACCAGAAUAAGAGACUACAGCAAGAUGAUAUUACCUGGGACAAGACUGGCAGCAGCCCCAGAGUAGAACCGUCAGAAAGUAAACCUGUGAAAAAUAAAAGAGAGGUAGCAGCACAGAGAAACUUAGAAAGAAAAAGUCCUUUAAAGCCAUGUCAAGUUUCCCCCGUUCACUGCAGUUACUGCAGAGUGAAUGAACCCGCUGCAUGUGGCUCCUCACCCCCCCUCAGGAGACAAUCAGGCAACGUAAAGAGAAAAGAAGGUGAAGGAUGGAAACUGGAGGCCACGCAAACUGGGACGGACGGAGCAAAGAUGGCACGUGAGAGGAAGAGAGAACGCACGAAAAAGAGCCAGGAGACAAUAAAACAGAAGCCGUGGAGGUGACUAGAUAACAAGGAAUUAGAGGCAGAGCAGAGGAGGCGAGCGGUUCACUGAGACAUCUGCAAGAAUGAGCAGAAUCUACCAGGUCGUGGUUCACGGUCCAAGGGGCGAGCGGGUUAACAUCGACCUGUGUAAGACGGAGCAGCAGAUGCAGAGCAUGACGGUGCUGCAGCUGAAGGAGAAGAUUCAGGAGAAACUUCCCCAGUACGAAGAAGAUGAGGAUCUGCGGCUGGUCUUCUCAAACAAGCAGUUGGAUGGAGAUAAGCUGCUCUCUGAAUAUGGAAUCCAACAUUUGUCCAUGAUCGAGAUUCGGAAGGGGCAAGAUGUACAACUAUCACAGUGCCAUAUCUUGUGAAUAAAUGCAUUAAUGCAUGUGUCUUUUCCAAUUUUCUUUAAUUAAGGAAAUUAUUUACAACCAUUUCCUUGGAACUCAGUGUGUCCCCUAUGCUGUGUUCAGGUUGUGCAUGGUAAAGACGACACUGGGACACUCACCUCUUUGAUUUCACAGUAUUCUUCGGCAGCCAGGCGGGCCAUCUUCUCUUCGAAGUACGCCAUCUCUUCAGUGGAAUUAGAGGCAGAGCAGAGGAGGCGAGCGGUUCACUGAGACAUCUGCAAAAAUGGGCAAUUACCAGGUCGUGGUUCACGGUCUUGUGGGCGAGAAGGAGACCAUCGACUUGUGCGGAACGUAUGAGGAGAUGCAGAGGAUGACGGUUCUGCAGCUGAAGGAGAAGAUUGUGGAGAAACUUCCCCAGUACGCAGCAUGGAAGGAUAUGAGACUGAUCUUCAGUAACAAGGAGUUGGACGGAGACUAUACGCUGCUCUCUGAAUAUGGAAUCCAGCACGAGUCUGAGAUCCGGAUUGUGAGGGCUUGUGUUUCAGGAGCAGCGAGACCCCCCUCUCCUUCCUGUGUACCUUUGUAGAACCUUUCUUCUAAUAACCCUUAUAGCGAUGUUCCCAAGUUGCCUUGAAAUAUGUUUGAAAGUUGCUGUUGCACGAAAUAAAACCGUCUAAUGUCUCA